AUGGAUCGAAGUUCGCUGAUCUUUUUGGCCCGACUCGCGGAAGAAGCCGAACGUUACGAUGAAAUGGCGGGUCACAUGAAAGCGGUGGCCACGAAUUUCGACAACGAGUUGUCGUCGGACGAAGGCAACUUGAUUGCUGUGGUAUUCAAAAACGAAAUGGGCACACGUCGGUCGGCGUGGCGGGUGCUGCGCAACAUUCAAAUGAAAACCCAAGACACCCAACAAGCAGCGACGACGCAGGCCUACAUUCAACGCAUUGAGGACGAAGUGCGAACGCUGUGCCAUGACAUCGUGGCCAUGAUCGACGAUCAUUUGCUGCCCAAGGCGUCCAAUAUUGAAAGCCAAGCGUUUUACCAUAAGAUGAAGGGCGAUUACUAUCGCUACUUGGCAGAAAUCGCGCCGUCAUCGGAUGACGGGACCAGCGCCAAUCUGGCCUUGGAGAGCUACGAGAAGGCGAGGGACCUCAUGUCGGCGGAGUUACCCCCCACGCACCCCCUCCGUUUGAGUCUGGCGCUGAAUUUCUCGGUGUUUUACGUCGAGAUUCUGAACGCCCCCGACCGCGGCGCCCUGAUGGCCAAGCAGUCGUUCGACGAUGCUAUGGGCGAAUUGGACAUGCUCUCGGAAGACAACUACCGGGACACAACGUUGAUCAUGCAAUUGUUGCGCGAUAACAUGACGUUGUGGAUGGCAAUUCAAGCGUAG